UGAACAAUACUAAUGCAAGAGCAUACCUUUCUGCAUAAAAAUGGCAUUUCUUUCAAGCCUAUGGAAAGGCAUGCUUAUUCUUUACAAGAUGGCCACGCAAGUGGUGGUCAGCGCAUUUUUCGGGACUCUGGUGAAGCAGGUGAACAGUCUGAAGGACCAGCUGUGGAUGGUGAACUUGAGAAUGGAGCUCCAGAGCCAGAGGGUACAGGAGCUCUUGGCCGAGCUGGAGCAAAAGGAGAAGGACAACAAGCCUCUGUGGGAGCGGGUGGAGUACCUGACCAAUCAGCUCCAGACCGAGAGGAACGAAACAAAGACGGAGGGGAAGCUGAGGCGAGAGGAGGCGGCUAAGUGCUUGGCGGAGGAGAGGCGGCGGGCGGGAGCCCGGCAGAAGCACAAAAGGGAGGACCUCCUCAAGGACAUCAAACUGUUCCAGAUCAAGUCCAGGGACAACCAGAAGAGGCUGGAGAAAGAAGUGGAGGCCAAGGCGGCACAACUCGACGCCAGCAGAGAACGAGGACGAAGGCUGCAUCAGACUCUGAGGAUGGAGAGGGCCACAGUGGCCCACUUCGAGACGACACUUCACUUUGACUUGCAAUGAAACCACUACGUGAAGAGUAUUGGGUGGAGAUAAGAGACUCGGGUGACAGAACUUGACUUGAGUCGGCAAUUUUAGGACUUGGUGAUUGCAUGGCUCAAACAUAUCAAACGCAACUUUGACUUCGUAUCAACAAGAAUAGAGUCAAACUAUGAAAAGAGCAAUCCGACUUCAGGACAGAACAAUGUCUAAAAAUAGUUUGUAUUUGUCGCUUAGACUACUGUCGACAAAUUCUGUUCGUUCAAGAAUUAGCAACUGUUAUUUACUGGCCGAGUGGCACAAUGCAGACAAAGAAUGGGACUCACGUAAGUCCCAGAUAUAAAAUAUGAUAUAAAUACGUCUCUGUCCCCAUGUGUUAGCCAUGUUGAAUGUGAGGCACUGACAGGGUUGCCAUGUCAUGAAGGAUAUAUCUACUGUCCUGUAGAGCACAGACAAGUGCCUGGAGUUAGGAACAUGCUAUUCUUGGUACAGUAAAACAUUUUUCAUGACGCUGUUCAAGUUUGACAACAGAUUUUGAACUAGGAAGCACAAAUUCCUCGCAGCUCAUGAAAGCGACUUGUCUACGGCAACAAUGUCGUGAUGCGGACUGCAUUGGAAAUGAAGUUCAAAACGAGGAUGAGAGGAUUAAAUUGUGAUAAAUAUUUUAAGAGCGGCUUCUCCGUGACACACGAGCGAGAGCAUCUGAUGACCGCCGCUUAUAAAUCGGACAACGCAGCCGAAGCACGAAGGUCCAACACUGCUGCCAUCGUACGCUCUGGAAGAGUCACAAAGUUUAUGAUGAAAGCGACUGCCUCCGAACAGAAGGAACAACCUCAACAAAGCUGUUAAAGAUCACAAGAUAUGUAAAGGAGCUGAGUAUUUUAUUUUGUUAGGUUUUAUAGUGGUUACAAGUAAGAAUGCAAAAAGGUAACAAGACUCAAACAUCCUGUUUAUUUAUAUUCAUUUUCAAAAGGUAAUCCAUUAGUCAAACAUUAGGUUCUAACCCAUUUUAACACUGUGACAAAUAAUGCAUGAAUAAUGGUUUUACAUUUUGAAAUCAAACCGGCUCACAAUUUUCACAGGGUAAGGUAAGAAUGCUACUUCAAACAUAGCUUGUACGACCGCAGACUUUCCCUGGAACAGAUUCUUCCUAUUUCCAUUAUUUCCUACACUACUUGCAGUGUACAGUCACAGUAGAAGGAUGGCAUAGUUGCUUGAACCGUAAUUUCCAAAACACGAGAGCGGCGGAAAACUGAAACGCUGACGGUAUAGAAUCAGAUCUCCUCGACGUCAUCUUUUGCAGGAGCCAUCAAAUGGGCAAGAGCAGGCUGAUCUCAUUACCUCAAAUGACUCCGAGGAAUUGUGGCUGACUGCAGAAGGGGUGGAGCCAGAGGAUUCCUAUAUAAUAGCAUCUUUGUCCUCACGAAAAGGCCCGCUGAGGUGUACUACUUGAGCAGCCUGACCUCCUUUUUUGGAUCAUCGCACUUUUACGGGCUUUUGCCGGUGCUCCUUGUCUAACUUUGCAGCUUGUUACAAACUUUUUUUUUUGUUUGUUUUUUUUAAAAAAAAGGCCACAGUCUAUGUUUUGCCACUGAGAGCUGAGGAAUGUGUAGGAAGGUGGAAGUUGUUUGAAGAGUCCGACUGAAAGGAAUGUCUGGAGGCCGCAGCUGCCUUCCAGAGGUUUCUGUGGCCGAGAGGAGUUUUCAGCCCAGUUUAGCUGAAGCCAGGUUCGACCGCAACAGCCCAGGAAACCCACAUGAGCUGAGAAGAAGUGGCCUUACAAACUUAGUGUUGCCGAGUGAACUUAAAAAAUUAAAAACAUAAAUCACCCUACUUUUGGAUGACAAAGGUAAAGUGGAGAUAUGGCUGCGAGUGGUAAACUCUCUUGGAGUUCAAGUCCAAAUAUUUUGCUGCUUCUAAUCAUAAUGGCCACUUUCCAGGUCUUUUUAAGGCCUUUUUUGUGUGGCUUGUAAUGUUAGACGUCCACUCAUUUUAUUCUGAUAAGUGAAGGUGGUGACCAGGGCUGGAUUUUGUUGUAAAAUUCCAGUCGCUCACACUGCCUUUUUUAUGGCAAAUGUUAAAAAUGGUGAACACACUUCAAAUCUACGCUUCCAACAUUAUAUGGCUCAGACAAAAAAGAAGAAGCUUGGCAAUUUAGCAUUGCCCAUCUCCCUUGGAUACCAACUUGGGAUUUGGCCAUAUUCACCUUUUGGCAUUUGCUAUUAGCAGACUUCGAGCUCAAUUUAGGCCAUGUGUCAUUGAGACUAUUUUUCUGCAUCCUCUUGCGAUGGACUUGUCUCCGCAAUUCCAAGUGGCUUGAUGUAAAGACUUUUUUUUUUUUUUUUUUAAAACAACUUGGUGGCAUUUAAGGACUUGAAUUGAAAUGGGGAACUUGUAUUCUUGUCACUGUUUUCGUUGCGUUCAGAGUUCAUUCGCCUGAGCUGACGAGCGCUACAGACAGCCCCAAGAGUGAGAUUCAAGGCCAACACCGACGAUUUGCCGCACGCGCUCUCACUUCCUUGGCAACCGUGUGACUCAUUUCCUCAUUCGCGCUGCAACGAUGGAAGG